AUGCUUCUGCUCGCCGCGCUGGCCGCGGCCGUCCCUCUCGCGGUCGUGCCGCCGCGGCCGCCAAUGCUCCUCUCCGUGGUGGUCGGGGCCGCUCCCCUCGUCGCGGUGCUCGUGCUGGUCGCCGUGCUGGUCGCGGUGGCCUCGCUGUUCAAGUCCCGUUGCCUGCGCCCCGUCCCGCCGCGCCUGCGAUGUUUUGUUACCGGUGCUUGCAAGCACCAACGGUUCGCGCAGCGGGGGUGCUUCCUCCCUGCUCGGGAUACUCUCCGUCGGGGAGGAAGUGCUCCCGCUGCGCCGGGAUGCACCAGCCCUGCCUUUCGGUACGUUGGUUUCCCGCGUUUCUUGCUCGAUGCAUCUGCUGACUUUGCUCCCUGGCAGUUCCCGGCCACGGCUCUGCCGUUGGCACGUCGUGUGGUUUUGCUCUCCCGUGCCGAGGCUGCGUCUUUGGCGGCCGUCGUCAACUGA